AUGGCGAUUACGGACCUCUCGACGGACUUCUCCAACGGAGUGGCUCUCAUCAACCUGCUGGAGAUUCUCUCGGGCAAGUCGGUGGGGCGCUACGCGCUCAAGCCCAACUCGCGCUUCCUCAGGAUCGAAAACGUCGUCAUUGCUCUCAAGUUCAUUGACCAGAAGCUCAAGCUACGGCUCUACGGCACCAGCGCCGAAGAUAUUGUCGAUGGCAACACAAAGAUCAUAUUGGGCAUGGUGUGGCGAUUGAUCCAGACCUUCCGGUUGAAGAUGGACGGACUCGGCGAGGGCGAGGAGGGAAUGCUGGACGACACUGCCGAAGAAAACACGUCCGGCACCGGUUCCCUCCCCGCCUCCGCCUCUGUCCGAGUUCACAACGCGUUCAAGAGCACACUGCUGUCGUGGUGUCAGCGGAAGCUCGACGUCUACCCUACGGUGAGCGUGGAGAACUUCGACGCCUCGUUCGCCAACGGAAUCGCGUUCUGUGCCCUCAUACACCGAAUACAUCCGCACCUCAUCGACCUGCAUGCCCUCAAUAAGGCACGUGACCAUGCGGUGCAGAACCUAUCGCUGGCGUUCAGUCUGGCGGAGGAGCACUUUGGCAUCCCGCAGCUGCUCGACCCGCGGGACUUAGUGGACAGCAAGCCCGACGAGCUCUCCGUCAUGACCUACAUCUCCGAAUUCUUCCACGUCUACAUGAACAUCGAGAGAUCGCGCAAGGCCGACAUUCAGCGACUGAGCGAGGAGGAGCGACAGCGACAGGAAAAGGCAUCUGAGUCUAUCGACAAAGUUGCCGUCGUGGUGGGGGAGGAGUCGCCUGUGGCGGACGCGGAGAGCAAAGACGCGUCGAUGUCGCCCGGGCAGAUGACGAACAACGAGCGCAUGACGAUGGAGCUGGAGAUCGCCGAGGGCCUGGACGAGGUCGAAGAGCUCAAGCAGAAGCUCAAGUACCAGCAGGACGAGUGCUCGGCGCUCCGGAUCAAGUUCGCCAAGAAGCGCAAGAAGCUGGCGGACUACCGCGCGCGGGAGCGCGAGUGGAUGGAGAAGGUGGAGUCGCUGCUCCGCGAGAACGAAGCCCUGCGCGACGAAGCCGCCGCGAGAAAACGCGAAGAAGCGACAACGGCAGAGAAAACGAAGAAGAACGAAGCGAACGGCGAAGUGAGCCAAUUAGGAGCGGAUCGAGAGAAGGAUCCGGCGAGGUCGCCCCGAGCAGUGGUGAUGACGUCAGCGACGGCCACCACGAGCGGGUCGCAGGCCUCAGCGGCGACCACCGCCGCAGCGGGCGAUGGCCCGAUCCACCGGGUGUACGACCUUCGGAUGUCAGCGCCGGUCAUCCCCUACGACCUCUUCAACUUUCUCACAGAGGAGAUCUACAUCACCAAAAUUUUUCUGCAACACUUGGAGCAUGUCGACACGAAGGUGGGGCAGGACCGGGAGGCGGACAACCAGUGGCGGGAGGAGAACAAGAGGGCGCGCAGCGAUUCGGUCGAUGGCGAGGCGUUUGCUGUCCGGGUGUGGCUGGCGCGACGAACAGUCUCCAAUCUCAGGCUGUUGAAGCGCUUCGACGGUCAGGAGCAUUUGGUCGUGCGGCUGCAGGCACAGCUUCGAGGGUGGGUCGCCCGGAAGCGUUUCAGGGAGCAGGUGUACAUGCUGGGGCAGCGGACGGAAACGGCCAGGGAACUGCUACGAUCGGAGAACAUCUACGUCGAUUCCCUGCGAGUCAUUGUCGAGGUGUUCUUGACUCCGCUGCGCAAGCCGGGCUCUGCACUCAGUCCGUGGCAGGUCAAGGCCGUCUUCUCCGAGGUCGAGGUGAUUAUGAACUACACGGCCAUCCUGUUGGAUAGGGUGGAGAAGAAGCUCGCGGCCUGGACCCACAACCAAUGCCUGGGCGAAAUCUUCCUCAAGCUGACCGAUUUCUUGAAGGUCUACACGGAGUACGUGUACAACUUCCCCAAGGCGCUCACCACCUUCAACUCGUGCAAGCAGAAGGGACCCUUCAAAUCCUUCCUCCUCGAGUGUCAAACGAACCCGCGGUGUGGAGAGAUGGACCUGCUCACCUACCUCAACAUGCCGGUCCAGCGCAUCCCCUACUAUGUCGCCAUAUUCCAGGCGCUGCUAUUCUACACGCCGGAACACCAUCCGGACUAUGAGAACACGAAGCUGGCGCUGGAGAAGGUGAGAAACGUGGUCAAGUUCAUCGACGAAAAGCGCAAGAGAGCGGAGAACAUCCAGGCCGUCCUGCGCGUUCAGGACAGCGUCCCCUCGCGGCGAUUCAUACGCGAGGGGCCGCUGACGGCCAUUCGAGGGACGAACGAAAAGACCGAGGGCUACUACUUUCUGUUCAACGACCUCAUCGUCAUGACCAAGAAGCAAAAGGGCAAGGGACGGAAGACCUACAAGUUCGUGGGCGCGGUGCAGAUCACGCCGCGGACAGUGGUCCGGUUGUGUCCCGAGACCGUUUACACGGGUACGUCCACAGUGGUCUUCAGACUCCUGUGA